GAUGUAAAAAAAAUUUUUUAGAAUUAUGAUUUGAUAGAAUCUUAUUGUGUAGAAUAUUACAUUUGCAGAAUAUUAAAUUGUUUAAAAAUUGAUUUGCGGAAUUUCCAUUAAAAUUCCAUUGAAAAAUUCAAGUGAAUUUCUGUUAUAGGAGUCAUAAGGAAUAAGAAAAAAAUUUGAUAACUUGAAUUAUCUUGCUGUCAAUUGUCAAAAUAAAAGCUUGACAAUACUCAAAACCUCUUGCAGGUGAUCUAAGAUAUAAUACCUAUACAAAUUAUUUUUGAAAAUAGUUAACAUGAUGAGAAUUUUUUUCAAGUGUUUUUUACUUAUUUCUCUUGUAUGCCUACCUGUUUGGUCAGCAAGCACAUUGAAAUUAAUAAGUGUAGUUUUUCGACAUGGAGACCGAACCCCUAAUUUAUGGGAACAGUAUCCUGAGGAUCCACACAACACCUUAUUAUCUAAGCCUUCAAUUGAAGGAAAAUUAACUGAAAGUGGUCAAUUAAGAGCAAAUAAUUUAGGAAUUUUUCUGCGAAAUAGAUAUAACGAAUUUUUAAAAACUAAUUAUUCCUCAGGAUUUGUUGAAGCGCGAAGUACUAAAAUUAAUCGUACACAAGAAUCUUUGAAAUUGGUCUUAAAGGGUUUAUAUCCAGAAGCUUCUGUGCCAGUAAUUGUUAAUCCAAUUCACAAUGAUUAUCUAUUCUUUCCUCAUAUAUGCAUCAGAUACACUGUUGAAUAUGUAAAAGCAAAAUUGAGUAAAGAUGUGAAAGAUGAAUUGAAUAAAUUAAAAGAUUUUAGAAAAAAUUUAACAAAUUGGACAGGAAAAAAAAUAAAAAGUGCCCUUGACAUGUAUUUUAUUUACCACACUUUAGAAUGCGAAAACUUUAUGAAUUUAACAUUACCUCCUUGGACCAUUGGUGUUUAUCCAGAUGGUGAUCUUUUAAAAGGAUCGGUACUUGAAUAUAAAAUAAUGAACUACAACAAAACAAUGAUUCGACAAAAUGGAGGAAUGCUGGUUAAAAAAUUCAUAGAAGACAUGAAAAAAGUAAAAAAUGGAACAAUGGAUAGAAAAAGAAAAAUAAUGUUAUACAGCGCACAUGAUAUUAACAUUGCUGCAGUACUAAAAGCUCUUAAUGUCUAUUAUCCACAUGUACCCAAAUUUUCUUCUGCUGUAAUUGUUGAAUUACAUCUUAAAAAUCAAGAAUAUUUUGUUAAGAUUUUAUAUUAUCUGGGUAUACCUGGAAAAGUUGAAAAGUUAAAAAUUCCAGGAUGUAACAAUUGGUGUCCUUUGAAUGAAUUUAUCCAUUUAACGCGAAAUAUUGUUCCCGAGAAAUUAGACUCCUGCAAUAAUGGAUCAAUAUUCAAAAAAAAUUUGUUUCUAAGAUGCACUACGGAUGACGUCCUUCUAACCUAUGACCCUAAUUUUGGGGUAAUGUCAGAUUUCUUUGAGGUUAUGUUCGCCUACACGCCUAUGACCUUCAACGUAAAUUUAGGGUUAUGUUCUCCUUUGACCUAUGACCUUUUAAAGUUUAAAGGGAUGGUUAAACUGCUAAAAAUUUUCACACUUCUCAGAAUUUAGUUUAUUAUUUAUUUAUGUGAGCUUAAACUUUAUUUUUUACAUUGAAUUUUAAAAUAUCAUUCUCUUGAAUUAAAGAAUAAGUAAGAAUAAUUAUUUUACAUAAAUAAUUUACAAGAGUCAUAUUCAUACUGUAGAUAUAUUUUUGAAUUAGAAUAUAUUUGUAUGAAAAAGCAUUUUGUUAAUUUAAGACAUUGAAAUAAAAUUAAAAAAUAAUUUUCAUUACAAGUUAUGAUUCCGACGGCUAAUCAAAUUUUAUAUAUGCAGAAUUA